AUGUCUAUCAUUUUAGCUGUGAUUAUACGAGCUGCAGCAACAAAAUCAUUUCCUAUCCAUGUGUCUAUCUAUUUGUCUGUCCAGGAUCACAGCAGCCUGUCAGAGCGCCCCAAACUCCUCUUGGUCUCCUUCGAUGGUUUCCGCUGGGACUACAUCGACCGGGUCCCCACUCCAAACUUCCACGCGCUCAUGAAAGAAGGAGUCCAGGUGGAGCAGGUUCAGAACAUCUACAUCACCAAAACCUUUCCCAACCACUACAGCCUCGUGACCGGCCUGUACGCCGAAACGCACGGCGUCGUAGCCAACGAAAUGUACGACCCCGCCUUGAACCUGUCCUUCUCCAUGGAAACGGACAGCGUCUACGAUCCGAGAUGGUGGGACGGAGCUGUUCCUCUCUGGGUGUCUGUACGGAAAGCGGGAGGGAGGAGCGGAGCGGCGAUGUGGCCAGGCUCCGACGUGAAGAUCCAUGGGACUUACCCGAAUCAAUACCUGCCCUAUAACGCUUCUGUUGACUUUGAGACAAGAGUACAGAGAAUCAUCGAGUGGUUCUCAGCCCCUAAGGAGGAGGCGGUGGAUUUUGGAGUUUUAUAUUGGGAGGAACCAGAUGAAAGUGGACACAUGCUCGGUCCGGAAAGCCCUCUCAUGGACGGGGUGAUCGCGGAUAUUGACGCGCGCUUGGGGUUUCUGAGGGAGGAGCUGAAGAGGGCGGGGCUCUACGAGGAUUUGAAUCUGAUCGUGACCAGUGACCACGGGAUGAUGCAGCUGUCCAACGAGAAGAUCAUCGAACUGGACGAGUACGUCAGCAGAGAUCUGUACACGUGGAUCGACAAAAGUCCUGUUGUAGGAAUAAUCCCAAAUGAAGGGAAGUUUGAGGAGGUGUACACUAAACUCCUGGACGCAAACCCAUACAUGGCCGUGUAUAAGAAGGAAGAGAUCCCUGUGCGCUACCAUUACCAGCACAAUCUCAGGAUCAUGCCCAUUCUCCUGGAGGCGCAGGAGGGCUGGAGCAUCAUGCAGAACAGAACUGCUCCCUUCAUGCGUAAGAAUAGAACACACACCUCUCUGAUUUUCACUUCAAAGCCCCCAAAAUUUUGCAACUUCAACAUCCGGCUGGUCUAA